AUGUCUGCUGUUUAUACUCGUCGUGUGUCUUUUGAUAGUCUUAAUCCAAACAUUCAAGUUGAACCUGAUGAGCCCAUACAUAUCCCUCCACAAUAUCAAUCAAUUCAAAAUUUCCCAAAUGAUCAUGAAUCAAAUCAACAACAACAACAACAAUCAAAUAAACGUGGAUUAGAUUUAAAUUUUGGUUAUGAACCAACUGGUUAUAAUAAUAAAGAUAAAAAUCAAGAUUUAUUUAAAAUUUUUGAUUCAUUUCAAGAAUUAAAUAAUAAAUUAAAUUAUAAAGCUCAACCAGCUUCAAAUGGUCAAAAUUUAAAAAUAAGAAGGAAAACUCCAAAAUUACCACCUCCUCCAUCAAAAUCAAUUUUAAAAAAGAAUUAUACUUUUAAUAAUCAAGAUUAUAUUAUAAAUGAAACUGAAACUAUACCAAAAAAUUUACCAGAUGAUUCAAUUACUUCAAUUUUACCUUCACAACAACGUAAAAAAUCAAUUGUGGAAAUGUCACCUGAAGAAUUAUUAGAAAUGGAUAAACAAUAUCAAAAAACUUCAGUUAGUAAUUUAGAUAAAUUUGAAUUUGAUGGUGAUAAUUAUUUACCUUUACAUAAUUUAACUUCAUUUGAUCAAUCUUAUAAAAAAAAUAGAAAUCAAAAUUUAAAUAAUGUUGAUAAAUUAGUUGGUAAUAUUGUUACUAUAAAUAAUAAAAAAUUAUUUAAAUCAAAUAAUAAAAAUAUAAAUUUUAAAUCUUAUAGUGUUAAUUUUAAACAUGGUGAUAUGACAAAAUUUAUUCAAAAUUAUUUUAAUGAUUUAAAUCAAGAAAGUAAUGCAGCAAAUCAAGAUGAUAAGCAUAUUAAUGAAAAUUAUCCAAAUUUAAAACAUGAAAUUAAACAAUCUUCAGAAAGUUUAAGAGAUUUAAUUAUUUAUAUAAGUGGUAGGAAACAUACUUGGGAUUCAAUUAAUUGGGUUUUAAAAAAUUUCUUAAUUAAUGGUGAUCAUUUAAUUAUUAUAAGUCAAUUACCAACUUUAAAUUCAAUUAAUGAUCCAAAUUCUGGUUAUGAUACUAUAUUAGAUGAUUAUGAUGAUUAUGAUGAUGAAAUUACAAGUGAAUUUAUUAAAGAAAAAGUUGAUUCAUUAAGUUCAUAUAUUUUUAAAUGUAUUGAAUUAUUAGGUUUAGAAGAUUUAAAAAUUUCCAUAACAAUUGAAUUUAUUAAAGAUAAAUCUGUUAAAAAUUUAAUUAAAAAUUCAAUUAAUCUUUAUAAUCCAAAUUUUUUCCUUAUUUCAAGUUUAAUUUCAAAUAGAUUAUCAAUUAAAUUUGAAAAUAAUAAUAUUAAAUUACCAUUUUAUUUAAUGAAAAAUUUAAAUUUAUCAACAAUUAUAAUUCCAGAUUUAUUAAUUGAUAGAAAUUAUACAAGUUUAAAUAAAGAUGAAAUUAUUAAAAGUCCAAUACCUGAUAUAAAUAUUGAUUCUGGUGAAUGUCUAAAUGGUGAGAUAGAUUAUGAUAAUUAUUUAUCAAAAUUAAAUAAUAUAUCAGAUAUUUAUAAAAAUGCAAUUAAUACAGAUUCAUUAUCAAGAUCAAAUUCAAAUUCAAAUACAAGUUCUUCAUUAAAUAUUGAACAAGCUGAUACACCAUCAAAUUAUUAUCCAAAUAGUGUACCAAAUUCUGGUACAAAAAUUAAAUUUAGUGAUAAUUUAUCAAUUCCAAGAUAUAAUUAUGAAAGAUCAAAUAGUAAUUAUAGUAAUUCAAAUUCACAAUUUUCUUCACCUUUAAGUUCAAGAAGAAAUUCAAAUAAUUCAAGUGGAAUUUAUAAAGUUAAAUCUUUAUUAGAUGAUGAUCAAUUAUCAACAAAAACUUCAAAUAGUUCUAAAAGUGGUGGUGGUGGUGGUGGUAAUAAUAUUGAAAGAUCUAAAUCAAUACCAAUUAAUGAAAGAAGAUUAAGUUCACAUUCAAUUGGUUCAAGACAUUCAAAAUCUGUUGAUGAAGGUACACCUAAAAAAAGUGGAUUUUUAGCUAAAUUAGGAUUUAAAAGGAAAUAA